AUGGUUAAAAAGGAAUCCGAAGAUUCUACUGCCACCGAGGCCAAAAUGGAACCCAAAGAUUCCAAAAUGAGCGCCUUUGAGCGCAAGAGACUCGAGAAUAUCGCGGCGAACCAGGCUAUAAUGAAAGAUUUGAGCACAACAGCAAAGAAAAUCAUACCGAAGACAGCAGCUCCCAAGCCACCUCGAUCGAAAACACCAAGGAAACGAGAACCGCCUGUAAAAAGAGAGGCUACAAGGCCAACGAGAACCAGUUCGCGGAUUGCUGGACUGGAAGCCGACGGCGAGGGAGCCAAGAGGAAAUUUGAGGAAGAAUUCCAAUUCGCACAGGAUGACGCCAAGGCGAAGAAAAUGAGAGUAGCGGGAGACCUCAAUUUAAGUGAUAUUGCGGUGGAGGGCAAGAAAUGGACCAAUGACGACAAUUUCCUGUCUUCAAUCAUGAGAGGGGCACAACCAUAUGAGAGGACGUUUGACGAUAGUGAUAUCAAAACUACGACGGAUCAGGAGCUAAAAUCUCUAAGAGAAAAAAUGAGUGGGCUUGAGUUAUACAAAACCUGGGAGCCAAAUGAUAUUAAAAUCACACCUGAGCGCAUAUACUCUAUGGGUUUUCACCCCACCCAUGACAAGCCGCUUAUAUUCGCGGGGGAUAAGAUUGGAAAUCUUGGUCUAUUCGAUGCAUCUCAGAAGGGAGAGGUGGAUGAUGAUGGCGAUCAAGUUGAAGGGCCAGUGAUAACAGCAUUCAAGCUUCAUGCCCGGACGAUAACAUCUCUCCUAUUCCCUCCGAAUCACACAGAGCUGUAUUCCGGCUCCUACGACUCCUCUAUUCGGAAACUCGAUCUUCAGAAGCAAGUCGCUGUCGAGGCCUAUGCGCCACUGUCGAUGGACGAUGACGAAGCAAUUUCUGCUAUCGACAUGAACUCUAACGACCCUAACCUGAUUUACUUCUCGAGAUUAGACGGGGCGUUUGGUAGACAUGAUAUGAGAACCCAGAAAGAUACCGAAAUAUGGUACGUAUCUGAGAAGAAGGUGGGCGGAUUCUCAUUGCAUCCGCUUCACCCCCAUCUCGUGGCUACCGCCUCCCUGGACAGGACGCUGAAGAUCUGGGAUCUGCGGAAAUCUACUGGAAAGGGGGAAACCAGACAACCCGGGCUUCUAGGCGAACAUACUUCACGCCUAUCGGUGUCUCAUGCGGCAUGGUCGUCCUCUGGCCAUGUGGCCACCAGCUCAUACGACGACACAAUCAAAAUCCACUCCUGUACGAAAGCAAAGACCUGGGGAAUCGGACACACAAUCUCGGAAGAGGAUAUGGAGCCAUCGGCUGUGAUUAGACACAACAAUCAGACUGGGCGAUGGGUCACGAUCCUGAAAGCGCAGUGGCAACAAAGGCCGGAUGAUGGGAUCGCAAAGUUUGUGAUUGGCAACAUGAAUCGGUUUGUCGACAUAUACACGAGUGAGGGAGAGCAGCUGGCGCAACUUGGUGGCGAUGGGAUUUCUGCCGUCCCUGCGGCGGCUGAGUUCCAUCCGACUAGGAACUGGGUCGCAGGUGGAACUGCCAGUGGGUUAUGA